AUGGCUCUGGACGGCAGACUGGGAGCGGGCCUUGCCAUUCUCGUGUUUUCUCUCGCCUUUCCGUAUCUAUACGACCGCUAUCAGGGUUUCAAGCUCAUUCUUGACAAUGCGCCCGAGAAGUUGCCCAACAUCUCCGCCUUCGCGUCAGCGGAGAUCAAAUUCCGGGAUGAAGUCAAGAACUGUGAAGAUGUGGUCAUGGAUGAGAGUCGAGGAAUCGCAUUUCUGAGCUGUGAUCCAACCAGAGAUCACUGGGAUACUAUCAUGGUCGGUAGUCAUCUGCCAUCUCAGAUGGAGUACAAUAUCUGCAAAGCCGCAACUGAUGAACUAUCACAGGGCACGUCUAGGAUUACGGAUCCUUCAGACGCCGGCGGAAUCUACAAAUUCGACUACGCCUCCAACCCAAAUACCGUCGUCCGGCUCCCCUUGUCUAACUUCCCCGACCCCUUGGAUUUCCACCCCCUUGGCAUCACCUACCGCGCUCCGUCUAGCACCUUCUUCGUCGUAAACCACCGCUCCUCCGGGCCCGCCAUCGAAGUCUUCUCCUACACCGACGGUAAUACUGGCAGCCUCCACCACGUCCGCACCCUGACACACCCCCUCAUCCACACCCCCAACGCCCUCACUGCCCUCUCAGCGACCUCGCUCCUUAUCACAAACGACCACUACUUCUCGAUCCGCAAGUGGCCGUUCCUCUCUACAGUAGAAGCCUACCUCGCCCUCCCAAUCGGGAGCAUCACACAUCUCGACAUCUCAGCCCCAGACGCCGUGAGCGCGACACAGCUGGCGAGAUUGCCGCUGCCAAACGGCAUCGCGAUGAUGAACGAGACGAGCUUGGCUGUCGCGUCGUCGAGUAGACCUGGGGUGUACUUCUACGACGUCCAUUGCCCUUCUGACGGAAAGAUCAAACUAGAGCUGAAGCGCGUCAUCAAGACGCGCUUCGCGCCCGACAACCUGCGCAUCGACGCCCAGGGCCGGCUGCUCGUAGCAGGACAUCCGCAUCCGCCGUCCGUGGAGAAGGCGAUGCAGUGGAGCAAGCGUGCCGACCAUUCGACGGAUGCGGAGGCGAGGCCGCGGAGUCCGAGCUGGGUCGCUGAGUGGGAUGGGGGGAGGGCGAGGGACCUGUAUGUGGGUGGGGAGUAUGGGUUUUCUUCUACUGCGGUCAGGGAUGUAGGGAGAGGUGUGGUGGUUGUGGUGGGGUUGUUUGAGAGAGGAGUUUUGGUGGGGAGGGAGUGA